AUGCCAUCCGAUAAGAAGGCCAUGCUCUGUGCUGUGCCCUGUGCAGUGCCCUGUGCUGUGCCCUGUGCUGUGCCCUGUGCUGGUGAGGCGAGCAGCUGGCUGAGGAACCAAAAACUACAGGGAACAGCUCGUGGCAUAACAUCGAGUCGAGUGCCAGAAUAGUUUUUGGCCCGAGACUAAGUGGCUAGUUCAAUUGUGAGAGGUAUUGAGUUGGACUCUGAUAGAAAAAUAACCCAUAUUGAACAAGUGGGUCACAGGAUGGUGGAGUGAGUAUUGUUUGGCCAGAGUGAUAUGGGUGUUAGCGCAACAAGUCAACAGACGGAGAGAGACCAAAGGCGUUGUGAUGUGGUCUGUCACUGGAAGUUGUUAUAGCCUAGACCAGAGGCAAAUAAAAUCACUUCCUUCUAAAACUGUCAUGCAAUAAUACCAAUAACAUGUGGCGAGGAAUACUGUAUUACACAGCAAUAGUCUAAUCAAUGGUUAUAUGUACUGUAUUACACAGCAAUAGUCUAUUAAUCAAUGGUUAUAUGUGCUUUAUCGUUCAAUGUGUAACUAACAAAAAAGCCAGCUCCAAUCUUUUAGUGAAAUAGUUAAAUUAGUAUGGACCAGGCUUCAUUUGGUUUUCACAUGUGUGUCAUAGCCCCUGGAAGUAAAACAAAAAAGACUGAGUAUCUAACCCUCUCAAUCUCUCUCUCUUUCCCUCUGUCUUCCAGAAUGCGACCCAGGAGAUAGGUGAGGAGGUGGAGGACGGGGCGGUGUACACCAUCACCCUGCGGAAGGUUCAGAUGCUCCACCACCACCACCACCACCACCACCACCUCCACCCUGGCCACCACAGUGGCGGCAGCGGGGCCAGUAAGGGCCAGCGCUGGCUGGGUGUAGAGACGGAUGCGGCCCUCAGCCUGUACGAGACGUGCAAGGUGCGCACCAUCAAGGCAGGCACGCUGGAGAAGCUGGUGGAGUACAUGGUCCGGGGCAACGACUCCACCUACGUCACCAUCUUCCUCUGCACCUACCGCUCCUUCACCUCCACCAAGCAGGUCCUGGACCUACUGCUCAACAGGUGAGUAGAGGGAGGGUGGAGAGACAGAGGGUGGGAUACAGUGGUGCAUAAAUAGAUGGAUAGAUGGAUGAAUUUACAGAUGAAUGGAUGGAUCCAUCGGUUGAUUGGUGGAAGAAUUAUAGAUGGAUGGAAAAGCUGGGUGGAUGGAGAUACACAUAAAUGACAGGAUGAAUGGAGGGUGUGGACGAGAGGAUGGAUGGAUGGAUGGAUGGAUGGAUGACUAACAAACUGAUGAAUCUGUGUUCAGGUAUGCCAAGCUCCAGCUUGGAUCAGAGGGCCACAGACUGACUCAUGACGAUCGUACGGAACUGAGGAAGUAAGUCUCUGUCUGACUCUGACACACAUUGUGGACAAUACAUCUUACUCAAAUAGCCUAUGUUCAACACAUACUGUACAGCGACAGAAGAUAGUGCACUGUUUGCUUCAUUUUCACAUUUUGUUGCCUGGAAUUUGUAUUGCUUGCCUUAUACCUAUGACAUUCUUCUGAGACAAGAAAGGAGGACACUUCAUAAGUCGUGAGAUCCGCCCUACAAACGUGUACCCCUUUUUUUUUCUCCAUACAACCAGUGCUAUCCUGCUGGCGUAAGCAGUUCUACCAUUGGGGACAUUGGAUAUGUUUCUAAUGUGUUCAUAUGGGUGUUGUAUCGCGUUACAAAGUUCGUCAUCAUUGUCCUAUAUUUUGUGACCCAUAUCCUCAGGGCAAAAAUAUGUUAAUAUAUCUCUCUUUCCUGUUAUGUAUCUCUUUCCUAUCCUUCUCUGGCUUCACGGUAGAUAGUCCCUUUGUUUUUCCUCUCUUCUUUAUUUCCCCUUUGACCUUCCUAAUCCUGUACUUGAUACACCCCUUUCUCUAAACUACGAAUUUCCUAGGGAAGGACAAUCGGGGGGGAGAAUGCACCAGAGGGGGAAGGGGGAAGAAAGGAAAAAAAACACGGGAUGGAGAGGCGAGAGAGAGAAGAGGGAGAGAGAGAGGAGAGAGAGAGGAGGAGAGAGAGAGAGAGAGAGAGAGAGAGAGAGAGAGAGAGAAGAGAGAGAGAGAGAGAGAGAGAGGAGAGAAGGAGAGGAGAGAGAGAAGCAGAGAGAGAGAGAGAGAGAGAGAGAGAGAGAGAGAGAAGAGAGAGAGAGAGAGAGAGAGAGAGAGAGAGAGCUCGCAUAGAGAGAGAGGGCUCUAGAAGGCUCUCUCUCUCUCUCUCUCUCUUCUCUCUUCUUCUCUCUCUCUCUGAUCUCUCUACCGCCUCUUCUCUCCUCUCUCCUCUCUCUCUUCUUCCCUCAGCAAAUAUCCUCCCAUCUUGGGGGCUUGGCUGGACCAGUAUUCUGAGGACUUCUGGAAGCCUCCGGAGUACAGCUGCCUGCGACGGCUAAUCUCCUACCUGCACCUCAACUUCCCGGGAUCGGACCUGGAACGCCGCGCCUGCAACCUCCUUGCCCACUUCCACCGCCGACAGCUCCAGGAGCCCGAGCAUGAGUGUAAGAUGACCGGCCAACUCCCAGCUGAACUUUUGACCUUUGACCCUGACCCCGGCUCCUCAACAUGAUCAUGGAGAGUCCAUAGAAUUAGUAUUAGUGGAAGGCCUCAGAUGUUUCCAGUGGUACACCAAAUCAGAGAAGACUUUUGUUAGUCAAUCCCUUAGGGAAAGUGUUACAGACAACUGAGACCUUGUUGGGUGUGUGUGUGUGUGUGUGUGUGUGUGUGUGUGUGUGUGUGUGUGUGUGUGUGUGUGUGUGUGUGUGAGAUGUGGUCGUGGGUGUCAGGAAGCAAAGUAGGACCAACACAGUCAGAUGCUCUAGUCUAGUCCAACACAUACCUGUAUUGGCUUACAAUACUUCGAUCCAAAUCUUCCACGAAAGGAGUGUGUGGGCCCUCACUUCCCUACAUUAAGGAGUUUACUAAACCCAGCCGCUCAUCAAAAGUGAUGAAAGUGUGUUUCAUGUCAUUUUGCUAAUGAGUGGUGAUGUUAUCCCUCAGUGUUGGACCAUGGCGGCUAUCCUUUCACCCUACUGGAGGAGAAUGGCUACGAGGAUGAGCAGCUGGACUUCCUGAACUUUGACCCGGCAGUGGUGGCUGAGCAGUUCACCCUCAUGGACGCGGUAGGAUGCCAAAAUAUCACAAAACUUAGAAAACUUUAGUCCCAACUGCACAUAUCUGUGGACUAACAACAUAUAGCAACAUAUCCUUAUACAAAAUGAACUCUGUCUUUGUUUGAGUUUUCUAUGAAAUUGGGUCUAUUAUUUUCCAUCAUUAUUUUCCAUCGUGGCGCUUUAUUGUUUUCGCAAAGUUCAUGUGUAUUUUUCCAUACCAGCGAGGCUCCUUGGAUUUGAUCGAAAAUGAAAAAUUAAACGCUAUGACUCUGUCCUGUUGCGAGCGUUGGAGCCAAGGGGCUUCCUUGGCCGGUCUUCAGGGGCUGUUAGGCCCACUCCACUGUUGAGUUACCGCUCAUAAACAAAUGUCACUCCAAAAGCUUUCCUACCGAUGUUUAUUAGGAGACUGGAGUGCAGCAGGCAAUUUUAUCAGCCGUCCUGAAAGCCUUCUGAAGGAUCUGCCUGUCUCUGAUUUCUCUCUCUCUCUUCUGCAUAGGAGUGAAAACAUGUUAAACUCAUCCAAAAUACAUCACUGGUUGCAGCAAGAAACCAAGCCUCCAUUUUGUUUAUUGUCUUCCUCUAAACCCCCUCUUCCUUACUCCCCUUUUUCCUCAUAGGAGCUCUUUAAGAAGGUGGUCCCCUACCACUGUCUGGGGAGUAUCUGGUCGCAGCGGGACAAGAAGGGCAAGGAACACCUGGCACCCACCAUCCGUGCCACCGUCACCCAGUUCAACUGCGUCACCAACUGUGUCAUCGCCACAUGCCUGAGCGAGCGCUCGCUCAAACCUACGCAGCGCGCCAAGCUGGUGGAGCGCUGGAUCGAAGUGGCCAGGGUGAGACACUGUUGUUAGCAGGAGUUGUUGUUGGCGUGGGACACAUUUACAUUUUAGUCAUUUAGCAGACGCUCUUAUCCAGAGCGACUUACAGUAGUGAGUGCAUACAUUUUCAUACUUCUUUUCAUACUGGUCCCCCGUGGGAAUCGAACCCACAACCCUGGCAUUGCAAGCGCCUUGCUCAACCAACUGAGCUACACGGGUAGAGCAUGGUGUCCUUCUGCUUCAGUCCUGCAGAGGCACAGAUUGUGUUGUGUAGCAUGAUGACUACAGUACCUGUAAUGCUCUGUUCCAAGGAGUUGGUCUUAUUUGAGUAAAAACGUUCUGAAGAUAAUCUAGUGGUGUUCAGUCUCCUUACCAAUACAUUGGAUUGAUUUGCCCCUGGUGCUGAAUUAAGUCCAUUGAUAUUCAUCUGAAUAUUUACUGUAUUUUUUCUCUUCAGGAGUGUCGAAUCCUGAAGAACUUUUCUUCACUUCGGGCUAUCCUCUCUGCUCUGCAGUGCAACCCGGUCCACCGGCUGAAGAGGACAUGGGACGAGGUGUCCAGGGAGAACUUCCGCAUCUUCCACGAGUUGUCAGAAAUCUUCUCUGACGAGAAUAACCAUUCGCUCAGCAGGGAGCUGCUCAUUAAGGUAGGUUGUGUGUGUGUGUGUGUGUGUGUGUGUGUGUGUGUGUGUGUGUGUGUGUGUGUGUGGUGUGUGUGUGUGUGUGUGUGUGUGUGUGUGUGUGUGUGUGUGUGUGUGUGUGUGUGUGUGUGUGUGUGUGUGUGUGUGUGUGUGUGUGUGUGUGUGUGUGUGUGUGUGUGUGUGUGUGUGUGUGUGUGUGUGUGUGUGUGUGUGUGAGAGAGUGCAGGAGUACUCCUAGAGUGGUGUGACCACACACAAGGGAACCCCUAUCACUCCACUGCCUGAAAUCAGAGGACUACUAUAAUCAGAGCAGUGUGUGUAUAUAUUUUUUUGCUAAUGCUUUAUUGAUUCUGCCCCCCCAAACACAUAUACGCGCACACACACACACACACACACACACACUGCUCUGAUUACAGUAGUGCUCUGAUUUCAGGCAGGUAGUUUGAGUGAUAGGGUUUCCCGUGUAUUGUUUCACACCACUCUAGGAGUACUCCUGCUCUCACAUUGACGGUGUCAUCACCGGUAUGAGGUGUCUGCCACCCCCAAACACCCGAAAGCCCAACACAUAAAAACACAAAGUGAAAAACAAAGUAUGGAAUUUUGUCGUCAGGAGUUUCCUAUCUUAGGAUAUCCUGGUGUAUUGUUCACCCACCUAUGAGUUCUUACCUAACAAGUGUAAUCACCGGACAUAUGACAGGUUGUACACCAAUACCCAUUAUGCAAGUUUUAGAGAAUCGAAAGUAUUCAACAAUAAAAAACCAAAGUAGAAAACAAAGAGGAAUGUACAGAACAGGAUUUUAUCAGCAAACUUUAGAAAGGAUCAGAAAAGUUACAAACAAGUAAUGCACAGGAACCAUUGGAACAGAAACCAAAAAAGUUACAGAACAGAACAGUACAAACAGUAUAGAACAGAACAGUAUAGAACAGAACAGAACAGUACAAAACAGUAUAGAACAGAACCAGUAUAGAACAGAACAGAAAAGUACAGAACAGAAUAGUACAGUAGACAGAACAGUACAGAACAGUAUAAAACAGAACAGUAUAAAACAGAACAGUAUAAUGGUAAUCUGGUUGUUCUGGUGGUUGGUCUUGACUUGGGCAUGGGGGUGUGAGACUGUGCAGGUGUUAGGUAGGGGGGGAUAGCAACUAAACCCACUUACGUACACACAGACCUCAAACCCUGACAUUCCCCAAAUUCCAGAACACACACACACAUACGUCAGGGCAUCUAGAGGUUGGCCGUUAUGUAUGUUUGGAGGGAGGAAUCCCCCUGUGACAUCAUAGCAUGGUGGUAGGCUGUGCAAGUUGGGAAUAUCCCUCCCCUGCCUGAUACUCUCCAGUAGAAUGUGGGAGAGUGUAUGUUCACCAUUUCAUAGCUUGAUAAAUGAUAAGGAAAUUGUUUAUUAUUUCAUUUCAUUUAACAGAAGCCAGUGUUAUUUGAUUGCUGAAAUAGGGGCUUAGGCUUCAGAUCUCAAUGUUUAUGUUGUCCAUUAUUCUUUCUGUCUAGGAGGGCACGUCCAAAUUUGCCACCCUGGAAAUAAACCCCAAACGAGCCCAGAAGAGACAGCAGCAACCCCGAGACCUGGUAAGGGAUGCAAGAAAGGAGGGAGGGAGAGAGGGAGGGUAAGAUGGAGUGGGCUUAGAGAGAGAUAAAAGACUAGAAAGAUUGAAGAGGAAGAAAAUGGAGGAUGACAUGAAAAGCAGAGAGAGAGAUGAAAUGUCCUGGUAGACAGAGGAUGAGAGAGUAAAAGGGGAGGUCGAAAAAUGAAGGCAGAGUGAGAGCCAGAGAGCCUUACCAGAGCGACUUACAGUUAGUACAUUCAUCUUAAGUUAAUUAGUUAGUUAGGUGAGGGAGAGAUAGAGAUAGAGGGAAAGAGAGUGAGGGAUAGAGGGAGAGACAGAGAGGGAAAAAUAUAUAAAUUAAAUAAAGAGGGAACGAGAGGUGACAGAUGUAGUCAAAGCACUCCCAUCUUGGCCAUAUAGAUUAGACAGGCGUGAGUAAUUGGGUUUUUAAGCCGUGUCAGGAAGUGUUCCAGCGGGCUAGACGCCAUAGAAUAGAAAACAAGCGGCCCCUCUGUCCUCACUGAACUCUGCUGACACGCUCACUCAAACACACACGCACUCACACACACGCUCCUAUUGCCAUGUUUGCUGGUUCGAAUCCCCGAGCCAAUUAGGUGAAAAAUCUGCCGAUGUGCCCUUCAAGAAGGUACUUAACCGUAAUUGCUCCUGUAAGUCGCUCUGGAUAGGAGCGUCUGCUAAAUGACUAAAAUGUCAAAUGUACAUUUUACGGAUCAAUGCUCAAUGCCUUUGAAAUGGACCCACUUUGUAGCAAAUGGCUGUCAUGGAUGGCUCUCAUGAAAAUAGCUUACAGGAACAGUAUUUUGAUGUUCAAAUUAAGGGGAUUCAUUUCAUUGUUCUCUCUGUGGUGGAUAGAAUUCGAACGAACAAGAAGGGACACACCGCCCUCUAGUGGUUGUUUGGGGAAUCAAUCUGAUUUGCAAAAUACUCACAGCUCACUCUAGUGGUGAUAUGCAACUUUACAGUUACAUUUUACUGUAAUUACAAUGUAAUCAUAUGAUAAUUGCGCAUUUAUUAAACUGGGAACAACAGCCAGAUGUAUAUAGCUCAUUUACAUAAGCAGUGUACACAGAGGGAGAUGAAGAGAUUAUGUAAUUAUUGAUUUCCAUCUACAUUUGUCAUCAAGGGGAAAAAAGUAUGUUAUGCGUUAUUUAAUCACUAGCAAAGUCAUGCAUGCACAUGUACACACACACACACACACAACACACACAUAACAUCGACGAGCUAACCACCUCCGUCACCGGCUUCAUUAGAAAAUGCAUCAGCGACGUUGUACCCACAGUGAGGGUUCGCUGCUUCCCCAAUCAAAAGCCCUGGAUUAACACAGAGGUUGGCGCUAAACUAAAGAGCAGGGCUACCACACACCGGGCUAUCGUAGACAACCCUGAUGCUACGGCCGAGGACAGGAACAAGUACAAGAAGGCCCGCUAUGACCUCUGUAGAGUCAUCAAACCAGCAAAAUGACAACAUAGGAAUAUGGUGGAAUCAUAUUACACAGGCUCCAACGCCCACCGCAUGUGGCAGGGGCUACAGUCCAUUACAGAUUACAAAGGAAGAGCCAGUGAUCUGUCCAACGAUGCCUCUCUACCAGACGAACUCAAUGCAUUUUAUGCACGCUUCGACAACAACAUGGAGCCGGGUGUGAGUGCCGUCACCUACCCAGAUGACUGGGUGAUCUCGCUCUCCGAGGCCGACGUGAGAAGGGUCUUUAAUCAGGUCAACACACUCAAAGCCGCGGGCCCUGACGGUAUUCCGUGGCGCAUUAUCAGAGCAUGCACAGAACAGCUGGCAGACAUAUUCAUGGUCAUUUUCAACCUCUCCUUGUCCCAGUCUGUAAUCCACACAUGUUUUAAGAUGACCACAAUCAUUCCUGUUCCUAAGAACUCGGAAGGCUUCAUCCCACAAUGACUACCGCCCUGUAGCACUCUCUUCUGUAAUCAUGAAGUGCUUUGAGAGGCUGGUUAUGGCACACAUUCACUCCACCAUCCCAGACACCCUAGACCCACUUCAAUUUGCAUACCGCCCCAACAGAUCCAUAGAUGACGCAACCUCAAUUGCACCCCACACUGCCCUCACCCACCUAGAUGAGAGGAAUAACUAUGAGAAUGGUUUUCAUUGACAACAGCUCAGCAUUUAACACCAUUAUCCCCUCCAAGCUCGUCACCAAGCUUAGGACUCUGGGUCUGAACACCUCCCUCUGCAACUGGAUCCUGGACUUCCUGACGGGCUGACCCCAGGUGGUGAGGGUAGGAAACAUCACCUCCGCCACGCUGACCCUUAACACAGGGGUCCCACAGGGGUGUGUGCUUAGUUCCCUCCUGUACUCCCUGUUCACCCACGACUGCGUGGCCAUUUCACGACUCCAACACCAUUAUCAAGUUUGCUGACGACACGACGUGGUAGGCCUGAUCACCAGCGACGAUGAGUCAGCCUACAGGGAGGAGGUCAGUGACCUGGCAGUAUCGUGCCGGAGCAACAACCUCUCCCUCAACAUCAGCAAGUCCACAGAGCUAGUCGUGGUCUACAGGAAACGGGGAGGUGAGAACGCCCCCAUCCACAUCGACGGGGCGGCAGUGGAGCAGGUAGACAGCUUCAAGUUCCCUGGUGUCCAAAUCACUAAAGACUUAAAAUGGUUCAAACAUACACGCACAGUCUUGAAGAAGGCGCGACAGUGCCUCAUCCCCCUCAGGAGGUUGAAAAAGUUUGGCAUGGGGCCUCAAAUCCUGAAAAGGUUCUACAGCUGUAUCAUUGAGAGCAUAUUGACUGGCUGCAUCACUGCUUGGUAUGACAAUAGCACCACCCUCAAUCGCACAUUUAUACUGACUCUACACACCCGCACACCCACUCACAUGCAAGCUGCUGCUACUCUGUUUAUCUUAUAUCUUGUUGCCCAGUCACCUUACUCCUAUACAUAUCUACCUCCAUCACUCCAGUAUCCCUGCACAUGUAAAUAUGGUAUUGGAACUGACUUUUAAAAUAUUUCCUGUAUAUAGUAUGCUUACUUACUUACUUUGUGUAUUUCAGAUUUCCUAUUCUUAUUUCCUGUGUGCUUUGUUUCUAGUAAUACAUUGUUAAGUGAUUAUUGCAUUGUUGGGUUUUGAGUUUGCAAGAAAGGCAUUUCACUGUACUUGCAUGUGACAUUGAAACUUGAAACUUGAAACACACACACACACACUAACCCCAGUCUCUGCCUGCCUGUUUGUUUAUUUCAGAGUGUGAUGCAGGGGACCAUUCCUUACCUGGGCACUUUCCUUACAGACCUAGUCAUGAUGGAUACUGCCAUGAAGGACUACCUGGAUGUGAGUGUCACACACCCAACACACACACACAAAAAAUUCCCAUUAAACCCAAAAACCCACAAAAACACAAACACAAAUUAAAAAUAAAAAACCCCCCCCAAAAAACCAAAAAAAAACAUUCCCACUCAACCACCCACACCCCACACCCCCAAACCCCCAUCACCACCCACCCCACCCCAAAAAUUUUUCCCACAAACCUUUCCACUUUCCCCAACUCCCCAAAAACAAACACCCCCCCACCUUCCCACCACCCCAACAACACACACCCCCCCAAAAAACCCCACACCCCUCACACAAACACACAGGAACAACCCCUUUUUCCAAAAAAAUUUUACACACAACCCAAUUUUGUUCUAAAGAACUUUAUAAUUUUCGGGUUUACAGGGAGGGUUUGUUUAAAAUUUUUGGGAAAAAGGAGGAAAAGGUGGGGAAAUGCAAAAUAUGUAUUUUAAAGUGUGGGAUGUUUUAGGGUGGUUUAAAAUGAUGAUGUGACUGCAUAGUGAUCAUUUUCUUCCUCUUUUGGUUUUUAGGAGUUUGAGGGUGAUUGCCCAGAUCAAGCUUCUGCAGCUAGCUUGCAACAACUAUAACUUCACCCGCAACAAGCGUUUCCGAGAGUGGUUCUCCGGUGUGGACAAACUCACAGAGGCGAGAGGUAAGAGAGGGAACAGAGAGUAUUCUGUUACAAAUACAUGGGAAAAAAAGGGAUUUUCACCCCUGCACCAAAAAAUAGAUUUUUGUGGGGUUGGGGGAGGAAAAAAUAGGGAAAUUUGAAAAAGAAGGGAGGGGGGGGAAAAGGGAGGGGUGAAGAGAGGGAGGGGAGGAGGGGAUUUGAAAGGGGGGGGGGGGGGGGGGGGGGGGGAGGUUUGAGUAGAGAGGAGGAGGAUAGAGGAGAGAGGAUGAGGAAGAGAGGGGGAGGGUAGGAUUUGAGGGGGAUAGAGGAGAGAGGAAGAGGAUAGGGAAAGGAGAGGAGAGGGGGAUAGAGAGGGAGGGGGAUAGAGGAUAGAAGUAGGAGGAGGGGGGAGAGGUUUGAGAGGGAGGAGAGAGGAUUUUGGGGAGGGGAAAAAAAAGGAUAAGAGAGGAGAGGGUAGAGUAUAGGAGGAGAGGAGAGAGGAGAGGAUAGAGGGAGGGGGGGAGGGAGAGGAGAGAGGAUGAGGAGAGGAUUGAGGAGAGAGGAGAGAGGCGAGGAGAGGGGGAUUUUGAGUAUAGAGAGGGGGGAGAGGAUAGAGAGGAUAGAGGAGAGGUAGAGGGGGGGAUAGAGGGAGGAGAGAGGAUAGGGAAAAAGGGGGAGAGGAGAGGGAUAGAGGAGAGGAAAAGGAGGGGAUUUGGGAGGGAUAGAGGAGAUGAGAGAGGGGAGGGAGGGGAGGGAGAGAGGGAAAAGGGGUGGAGGAAAAGGAGAGGGGGAGGAGAGGAUAGAGAGGGGUAAAAGAGGAGAGAGGGGAGAGGAGAGGAAGGGGGAGGGGGAGGAUAAGGGAGGAGGGGAGGAGAGGAGAGGGGGAGGAGGAAAAGGGGGAUAGGGGAGGGGGAAAAGGGAGGAAGGGGGAGGAUAGAGGAGAGAGGAGGGGAGGGGGUAGAGGAGAGGAAAAGGGGAGGAAGGGGAAAAGGGGGUAGAGGAGAGGUAGAGGGAGGGGAGGGGGAGGGGGGGGGGAUAGAGGAGAGGUAGAGGGGGGAAGGGGAGAGGAAAAGAGGGGGAUAGAGGAGGGGAAAGGGGAGGAAAAAGGGGGGAAGGGGAGGGGGAUAGGGGAGGGGAGGAAGAGGAGAGGAAGGGGAUAAGGGGAAAAGGAGGGGGAAGGGGGGAGAAGGAUUUGAGGGGGGGAAGGGAGAGGAAGGGAAGGGAGGGGGGUUGAGGGGGAGAGGGAGGAGGGGAGAGGGGGAGAGGGGAAAAGGGGAGGGGAAAAGAGGGAUAGAGGGGAGAGGGGGGAUUUGGGGAGAGGAUGAGAGGGAAGAGGAUGAGGAAAGGGGGGGAUUUGAGGGGGAGAGGAGGGGAGGGAGGGGGAGGGGGGAAGAGGAGAGGGGAAAGGAGGUUUGAAAAGGUGAAGAGGAGGGAGGAAGGGGGGGGGGAGGGGAUAGAGGGGGAGAGGGGGGGGAGGAAAGGAAGAGGAGCGGGAGAGGAUAGAGGAGAGGAUGAGGGGGAGGGGAAAAGGAGAGGGGGGAAGGGGGGGGAGGGGGGAAAAGGAAGAGGGGGGGGGGGAUUUGGGAGGGGGAAGAGGGGAAGAGGGAGGGGAAAAGGGGAAAAGGGAGGGGGAAAAGGGAAAAGGGGGAGAGGAGAGGGGGAAGGGUUGAGGGGAGGGGGGAAAGAGGAGAAGGGGGGGGGAAGGGAAGGGAAAAGGAAGGGAGGGGGUGAGGAGAGGGGAAAAAAAGGGGAUAGAAAAAGGAGGGGAAAUUAAAAAAAGGGGGGGAAGGGUUUUUAAAAGGGGGAAAGAGGAUUUUAGGGCAGAAGGAAAAAAGGAAAAAACCAGGAAAAAAGGGACGGGGAAGGAAAGAAAAAAAAUAUUGGGCAAAAGGAAAAAAAAAUUUCCCAAAUCUUUUUGUUUGGGUUGGUUUUCAAGUUUUUAAAACCCUUGUUAAAACCGGGCCCACGUGAUAGCCAAAAAAAAGGGGAAGGGGGGCGAAACGGACACAAAGCGGAAGGGAGAAAGCAAGGGGGAAAAAAAAAGGGGAAAAAAAGAGAAAGAAGAAAGGGCAAAGAAAGGAGGAAAGAAGAGGGCCCCAAAAAAAGCCCCCCCGGCCCCCCCUUCCCGGAAAAGAAGGGGAAAAAAAAGAACGGGGCCCGGGGAAAAGGAGGGAGGGGGAAAAAGGGAAAGAGGGAAGGGAAAAAAGUGAGAGAGAUAAAAGAGAGAAGGGAAAAGGAGGAGGGGAAAAGGAGAAACGAGAAACCCAAAAAAAGAAAGGAAGCCAAAGGGGGGAGAAAGGGGGGAAGGGGAAAAGGAGAAGGGGGAGAAAAAGGACGGGGAAAAAAAAGAAAGGGAAAAAGAAGGAAAAAUAGAAGGUUUGGAAGGUUUAACAAGGGGGAGCGGGAAGGGGGAAAGAGAGAAGGAUAAAAAAAUCCCAAAGUAAAACAAAUUAAAGCACUUAUAUCUUCUUUUUCUGGGCUUUCCCCAUCUCCCUUUUCUUUUCCGUCUUCCCCCUUUUCCGUCUCACCCCCUCUCCCUUUCCCCUCUCUUUCCCCCCCUUCCCCCUUUUUUCCCUCUUGUUUCCCCCCCACCCACCCUUCUCAGUCUUUUCCCCCCCCUUUUCCUUUCCCCCUUCUUGUUUUUCCCCCCCCUUUGUCUUCCCUUUUCUCUUUCUUCCCUUUCUGUCCUCCCCUUUCGUCUCUCCCCCCUUUUCUUAAACCCUCCGGGAUUCCCCUCUUUUGUUUUUCCCUUUCCGUCUCUCCCUCUCUCCGGGCUUCCCCUUUUCUGUCUCUCCCCUCUCUGUCUCUCCCUAUUCUGUCUUCUCUCUCUCUGUCUCUCCCUCUCUCUGUCUUCUCCUUCUCAGUUUCUCCCUCCCGAUCGUCCUCCUAUCACGUCUUCCCCUCUCUCUGUUCUCUCCUCUCUCUCUGUCUCUCCCUCUCUCGUCUCUCCCUCCUCGCCGUCUCACCUAUCUCCGUCUCUCCCUCUCUCCCUCUCUCUGCUCUCCCUCUCUCCGGUCUCUCCCUUCUCUGUAUUCCCCCUCUCUCACGUCUAUCCCUUCUCUGUCUCUCCCUCCUCUCGUCUCUCCUCUCUCUGUCUCUCCCCUCUCUGUCUCUCCCUCUCUCUGUCUCUCCCCUCUCUCUGUCUCUCCCUCUCUCUGUCUCUCCCCUCUCUCUGUCUCCCUCCCUCCGUCUCUCCCUCUCUCCCUCCCUCCCUCUCUCCGUCCCUCUCUCCCUCCCAUUCCUUCCCUCCCUGUCCCAGUCGCCAGCCGGCCAGCUCGGAGCCAGGCUGCAGCAGUGCGGGUAGUUCCCACUCCAAGUCCUUUGACCAGCUGCGCUACGCCCCCUGCCUGGGGGGCUCGGGUGGAGGUGGAGGUGGAGGGGGUGACGGAGCGGACUCCCUGAGCGUCACCUCCGCUGGCUCCAGCAGCUCCGACGUGGAGGAGAUCAAUAUCAGCUUAAUCUCCGACUCGCCCGAUGCCCACGAGCGAAAGGUGAGAGAGAGAGGAGAUUUUCUAUAUAUCUAUUUAUUUAACCUUCAUUUAUUUUUAUUUUUAUUUUACCUUUAUUUAUACAGGGAAGUCAAUUAAGAAUAUAUUCUUAUUUACAAUGACGACCUGUCAGAGGACAGGGAUGUAUUACUACGAGUGUGUUGACGUCUGUAAGCAGGAAGUUGUAUGAUGAGGAUGUCAUAUCUCGGCGUCUUGCUUUAAAGACCAUGAUACCAGUAUGAUCACUAAAACCGUUCUACUGUCUUAGCACAGUUUAACUCUUCCAUCCCACAAGAAACAGCUCAUGUGAGGCCCACUGGUGACUGUAGCUCUUAAUUCCUUUUCUGUAGACCUCCACGCCUUCCGUAAAACAUUCCAAUUCCACGUUAGGGAAGUGCGGCCCCUUGCCUGACCUGGCACCCACGGUACUCUUUACUACUUCUUGUACCAUUUCUCUGUUUCACCUGCGCUAGCUUGUGGCGCAGCCAUUUCACACUGCCAUCAGAGGAGUGUGCUGUUUGCACUGUGUCUAUCUGUGUGAUGUCACCAUUACAUCACCCCUGUAGCCAUUUUGUGUAUGGGCGAGAACGUUGUGUGUGUGUGUUGAUUUUAUUUAUGCAUCUGCUCCGUUUCAUCACCGCUGCUGCACCUUGAACUUUUAGUUUUGACUGGUUUCAUUUGUUGUGUCUUUGGUGAAGAGUUCACCUUGUAUCCAUACCACUCAGUAGAAGUAGCAUUUCACCUGGUUGCACAUUCUUCUCUCCACAUAUUUCAUUGUGUUUUCUACAUUUGAUGUGCAUGUCAUGUUAGUGGCAAGCACUCUUGGGGGUCCCAUUUUAGUGUAAAACAAACGCAAGCCUCAAUUUCAGUGUUCCCAAGUAUUUGUCUAAAUUCACUGGAAUUCAUUCAACAGUUUCCAGUCAUGUUAAAUGAACCUGUUUAAGAUGCAUUGCUUUCCUUGAUUGCAUCUCAAUAUUCUUAACUGGCACUGUGAUCUAACCUGUGCUGUCCCCCUUCUCUCUCUGUUUCUCUCCAGUUCUGGGAGUCCACCUCUCUGUCCUCCCUGGACGCCUCUGGUCUGGGCUCUGGCUCGGGCUCCAGUAGCGCCUCCUCCUCCUCCAUGUCCUCCACGCCCGUGGCGGGGGCCGGCUCCCGCUCGCACAAGCGCUCCGUUUCGGGCGUGUCCAGCUACUCGUCGCUGUCACUGCCCCUCUACAACCAGCAGGUUGAUGACUGCUGCAUCAUCCGGGUCAGCCUGGAUGUGGACAACGGCAACAUGUACAAGAGCAUCCUGGUGAGCUGCUGCGUUGGUGGUGAUUACGAUAGAUUAGAAAGAGAAUUUCCCUGCCAAUGUGUUUCGUGGUUGUGAGGUCUGGUUGAGCCAAAUGUCUUGAUGUGGUCAUCAUAUGAUCUACAGGUGACCAGUCAGGACAAGACGCCGGCGGUGAUCAGGAAGGCCAUGGUGAAACACAACCUGGACCGGGAGAGAUCGGAGGACUACGAACUGCUGCAGAAGAUCUCUGAGGAGAAAGGUCAGUCAGCUGUCUGUCAUGCUCACCUCAGGACUUACAGUAGAACCUGAAAGAUACAAACCUCAGAGUUUAUGCAUUUUGAACUACAUUUCACACUUACAAACAUUUACGCUUUUCCUAACGCCCUCCAUUCUGGACUUGUUCGUAUCUCUGGUCACACUGUACUUUUUAGAAAUACCUACACACGCCUUGUCUAACGAUCUCUCAUUCCAUCUUCUCAACCAGAUUUUGACAUUCCCUCUUGCCUGUUGUUUCAAUGUGCCUUUUAACCAUACCAAUGUUUAUUUUGCAACCCCUUCCCUCCACAGAGCUGAAGAUUCCGGACAAUGCCAACGUUUUCUAUGCCAUGAACUCCUCGGCCAACUACGACUUUGUCCUGAAGAAACGCGGCUUCCCCAAGGUGGGCCGGACCAAGCACGUGGCCAGCUCCACCCUGCCGCGAAUGAAGCAGAAAGGCCUGAAAAUCGCCAAGGGCAUCUUCUGA